AUGCUAUGUGAUCUGGUUAAGGCCACGAGUUACUUUUCUCUUAAAGAAUAUUGGGAGAUUCCUGAAAAAAUUGAACUUGUAGCGUCAUUUUUAGAUCUGCGAAUUAAAAAUUUAAAAUUCCUUGAUAAUGAAAGAAUAAAGGCAACAGUAUAUAAUACAGUGCGAACACUUUGUGCUGAAGAAGAAUACCAGCAACCUUCAAUUAGGCUUGAUGAGUCAAUUAGUGUGCCAGUUCAUGAACCUGUAACAACCAAUAGCUUAAUUGCAGAUUUAUAUAGUAGUGAAGAAUUGGAUAAUGAAAUUGAUAAUGAAACCGAAGUUGAUCGUUAUCUUC